AUGAUCGAUAGGAUCGGUGUUUGGCAUCGAUUGCAGUCUAGAGUGUGGAUCACGUGGUGUAACACGACUUCCGUUUGCAGUCUUUUGAAACUAUACACUUAUGACAACAAUUGGCGGGCGUUUAAGGCGUUGAUCGCCAGUCAAUACAGCGGUGUUGCCAUCGAUGUGGUGAAGGACUUCAAGUUGGGUGAGACCAACACGAGGCCCGACUUCCUUAAGAAGUUCCCCUUUGGAAAGGUGCCCGCAUUGGAGACAAAGGACGGACACCAUGUGAUCGAAAGCAAUGCAAUCGCUUAUUACGUGUCGAACGAUCAGUUGAAGGGAAAGACAGACUUAGAUAAGGCUCAUGUGAUUCAAUGGUUGAGUUUUGUAGACAAUGAGGUCAAUCCGGCCGCUUAUACCUGGGUUUUGCCCGCUUUGGGUGCUCUUAAUGCCAACAAACAGGCGGUCGAGCGCUCCAAGACUGACACCAAAAAGAUUUUAACGUAUUUAAACGACUUGCUGUUGAGCCGAACCUAUUUAGUGGGCGAACGCAUCACUUUAGCCGACAUUGUGGUCGCCGUCGGACUUCUGCCUCUCUAUCGAUACGUAUUGGAGCCGUCGAUUCGCUCGCCUUAUGCUAACGUCAACCGUUGGUUCACUACUCUUGUAAAUCAGCCGCAGUUCAAGAAAGUGUUGGGAGACGUAAAGCUGUGCGACAAAGCCGUUACACCCGAAUCCGCCCGUAAGUACUCAAUCACUCAUUCAUUUGAUGCGAUAAUUAUAUGCUUUUAUAAACUUUUAGCCAAAAAAUCCGAAACAUCGGCCAAAAAGGAUAAGAAAGAAAAGGCACCGAAACAGGAGAAGCCUAAGAAGGAAGCGGCGCCUGAUAUCGGCGGAGACGAUGACGAAGACAUGCCAUUAGAACCCAAAUCUAAGGACCCCUUCGAAGCCUACCCUAAAGGAACAUGGGUUAUGGAUGACUUCAAACGCUUCUACUCUAACAAUCCGGAGGAGAAGUCGAUCCCGUAUUUCUGGGAGAAGUUCGACGCCGACCACUACUCCAUCUGGUAUUGCAAUUACAAAUAUGCCGAUGAAUUGACACUCGUGUUCAUGAGCAGCAACUUAAUUGGCGGAAUGUAUCAACGAUUGGACAAAAUGCGAAAGAAUGCGUUCGGAAGUAUGAUAUUGUUCGGUGAGGACCACAAGAGUAAUAUCGGCGGCAUUUGGGUUUGGAAGGGACACGACCUCGCAUUCACCCUGUCGACCGACUGGCAGGUGGACUACGAGUCCUACGAGUGGAAGAAGUUAGACCCCAAAGAUCCCAAAACUAAGACUAUGGUUAAGGAGUACUUUUCAUGGGAGGGAGACUUCGAUGGCAAGAAGUUUAACCAGGGCAAGAUUUUUAAAUAAAUUGUAAUAAAUAAUUAUUUUGUGCGAAUAAAAACCAGUUUUUAAUCUA